UAAUCGAGCAUUCUACAUUAUGAACAUGGCAUUGAAACGACAUCUGAUGGAUAAACGUGGAACAAGAGAAGGAAAGUAAGAUGUUUGUAAUAAACUUUCUUUUCUAGGAAUAUAUGUGACAGUGACAUUGAGAUAUUUAUGGCAACAUAUUUACUUGGAUACAAGUGUCCUACGUAAUUGGUGUGAAGAUAAUCGGGAUGCCAGUUGAUAUCAACAGAUUGACAGAAGGAUGGCUCGAGCUGGAAAGUGAUCCAGGGUUAUUUACAUUGCUUUUAGAAGAUUUUGGAGUAAAAGGUGUGCAGGUGGAAGAAAUUUAUGAUCUCCAGAAGUCUAUUGAAGGCCCAGUGUAUGGAUUUAUUUUUUUGUUUCGUUGGAUUGAAGAAAGACGUUCUCGAAGGAAGGUUGUAGACCAAAGUGAAAGUUUUGUCAAGGAUGAAGAUGUUGUCAAUAAUAUAUUUUUUGCUCAGCAGAUGGUUCCCAACAGCUGUGCAACACAUGCCUUGCUCUCUGUGCUUCUGAACUGUUCUAAUAUUCAUCUUGGUGCCACGUUGAGUCGUCUCAAAGCUCACACAUCUGGCAUGUGCCCUGAGAACAAGGGAUGGGCCAUAGGGAACACGCCAGAGCUAGCUAAAGCUCACAAUUCUCAUGCAAUGCCUCAAGCAAAGCGUCGUCUUGAUAAGUCAACGGGUGUGAGUACAGGACGUUAUACAGGUGAAGCCUUCCACUUUGUCAGCUAUGUACCCAUUCGUGGUAGACUGUUUGAACUUGAUGGCUUGAAACCUUUUCCUAUGGACCAUGGACCUUGGGGUGAUAAGGAAGACUGGACUGAGAAGUUCCGUCGUGUAAUUAAAGACAGGCUGGGGAUUGCAACUGGAGAACCAUAUCAUGAUAUUCGAUUCAAUCUGAUGGCUGUUGUUCCAGAUAAAAGACUCGCAUUGACCCACAAACUGAAGAUGUUAAAAACUAAUAGACAAAUAGUGCUGGAAGCCCUGCAGCAGCUGGUAAAGCUAACUCAUCCAGAACUGACGAACGGCAAAGAUGAGAUGGAAACUGGUGAUGAGAAAAAAGAAUUGGAAGGUGUCAGUGCUAGUUCUGUCUGUGAAAAUGUAAAGAAAGACCUUCAGAAGAAUGGGGAAAGUGAGAAAAUUAAGUUGAAUGGAACGCAUCCGUCAGUUCCCGAAGGAAACAGCCCAAAGAAUUCUGCAUCCAUUAACUUGGAAGGAAAGAACAAAGAUUGCUCUCUCAGUGAUUCAGAUUCAUACCUAACACCACAUCCAAUUCUGGAAACUCACAAUUAUGCUAAGAUUCCACUUAUAGCAUCGACGGACCCUAACAACAGUUCAUUAGCCAAAGCAGAGAACAGUUUAAAUACACACGUGGAGGGUCUGCAAGACAAAUCAACAUCAGCAGUUGCUGCAGCAACAACAGCAAGUGGCACAAUGCUGUGCCCUCCUGACUACUCCACUCCACUCACUAUCCAAACAUCACCAGCUCCUAGCAGUUCUAGCACUGAUACGUCAUCAGAAGUUGGCUCUGCAUUUAAUUCUCCAACUCAAGGUUGGGGUUGGAAUUCUGGACAGAGUAGCCCCACAUCGAGCAAGGACUUCAAGAAGUUAGUUGUCAUCCGCAUGGCAGGAGCAGGGUCAGCUGCUGCAGGCACAAACACAGGGACAGGCCAUGUUGAGGAUAAGGCUGAGUCACCGACAGGGCGCAGCAUGACUGGUUUGAAUGCCAACUGCAAACGUGUGUGUACAGAUGUUAUAAAUGCAACAAAGAAAGUGUGCCUGGAAGGUGGACAACGCAUAUGGGAGAAGGAGGCAGAAAAAACUCAGGAGCAGGCGUCAAGUCCAAUUUCAGUUGACACAGGCUCUGCUGUCACAAGUCAUAAAAAGGUGGACACCAAACUGUGUUCAAAAUAUCCAGAACUCUUUGAGCCUCACACAUUUGCUCCAAAAGAUUUGUUGGCCCUGUUGAAGAAUCUUGAAAAUGAGAUCAGUGUCUGUGAAGUUAAUUUGCGGGAUGAAAAUGACAAACGUAAAAAAUAUAAGAUUGAUGACUGCCGAAGAACGCACAAUUAUGAUGAGUUUAUUUGCACAUUCCUGUCUAUGCUGGCGCAACAGGGCAAGUUGGCAGACCUGGUGCAGCAACAUCUUGUACAGCACAAGAAACCAGGACUUCCUGUCCCCAGAGUACAAAGACCAACAAAAAAGCCUGAACCAAGACCUAAUCCUUCACGCCGCCGUCGUGGUCGCACCAAAUACAGGAAGCGAAAAUAAUUUUACUACAUCCAUUAUGAUUGCGUCACAUGUCUUGCAUCACCCAAGAGGAGCAUUCAUGAAUUCACCUGAUUGAUCUAUUCUUAUUGAUUCUUGUAUGUAACUUCUCAGUUUGUUCCAUUUGACUUAAGAAACAGCUCUGUAUUUAGUUCCCAUUGAGAAGGUAACAUUUUCAUAGUUCUGUGAAAAAUGUGUCAGAUGGCUUUAAAUGUUAUAUUCAUUCUUUAUUUUUCUAUUCAUCAAGGUGCAGUCUCCAUUGUUCUGACCUCGGAAGUUAGUUAACAAGCCACCACAUUUGUUCAGUUUUAUAUUUUUCCCAUUCCUGUUCCUCACUUCAUACUGAGAGAAGUAAUUAUUUGGAUAUGGAAGUUGACCCAAAAAUUGAUACUUCAAAGAGAAGCUUCUUUCCAUGUUUUGUUACAUCAUUUGAGAAUUUGAAAUUAUGUAAUGACAGAUAAUGCCUUAUUUUUAGUAUUUCCUCCAGCCAAUAUGAAUUGGUUGCACUGAAAAGAAAUAAGCUGAAGAUGAAACAUAUGUUACAUUUAAUGAAGUAUUAUGUAUAAUUUGAUUAAUACUGUUUUCAAAAUGUGUCUUUGAACACUCUUGCUAUGUGAAAAGUAACCAAAAUGUUCUGAAUAAAUUAGCCUUACUGUAAUUUUAUAACAGGAGGACAUGUGAGUACAUGAAUAUCAAGUACGUUGUUAUACAUUUCUACUUAUAAUUUAAUACUUGUUGAUUGAUCUACUAAAAUUACAAAUCAGGUGGUGUCAAGAGAUAAGGUUCUUGAUUUUCAGAGCACCCAAAUGUUAGCUAUAGUAAUAAAUAUUAAGUAAAAGAGCAAAUGGUCUUUUUUUCCAGAAGUGUGAUUGAUAUUUUCAAGUUUAAAAAGUAUACCAGGUUCUUGCAGAGUUCUUUUCUUCAUCACAUUUAUUUACUUUUAGAUUUAUUAAUUACUUUUAGAUCUUGCUGACUGUGAAUUAUAUAUGAUCAAUGUCAAUGAUUUGUGAGGAAAGUAGUACCUUUUUUAAAGAGUUUAUUGACUUCUAACACUUAUUUAUAUUGGUUUUAUUUACUACUACUACUACUAUGGCGUAACAGCCCAAAGUCGAGCCCUAGCCUCCUCAUUGGUUUUAUUUAUGUUCAUAAAAAUUAAAAAUAAUUAUACAUAGUUAUGCUGAAAAGAACCAGCAAACAAAAAUAAAAAUCUCAGAAUACUGAAAUCUCACUUUGUUAUUGUUCGUUCUGUGGCAUGUACUGUUUUUAAGAUCUAAACCUUUUGCAAUGAAUAAAUGUACUAAAACUUUCUCAAGUGUUCAUCUGAAUCUAUAUUGAAUUAAAAAUAGAUGUUUCAAAGACCCACUGUCUCCAUCGUCAGGGCCGAUGUGGGGAGAAAACCAUAAGACAGUGAAGUAGGUCUGUCAGACCUUGUGUUACUUCUUCCUAAAGAGAGUGGAGGGGGCCUACUCAACUUAACCACACUGUCUGGUCAUCCCCACAUUGAAGUAUAAAAAUAUAUGCCUAAAAUAUCACCAUUUUGGCACAUAAUUUGGGAAAACAUAAAUGAAUUGUCUGCAGGUAUGUGAGAUUUCAGGUUCCCAUAGCAGUAAAUAUGAAGGUGACAAUGUCUAGGUUGUUGCAUCUUGUAAUCUCAUAGAAAUUAGCCAUUGUUUCAGAGGUGCUUAACUGUCUGUAUCCCAGAUGCCCUGAUGAUGGGGCUUGUUACCAGCCAUGAUUAUUAGGUUGUUUAAUUAUGUAUGAAAUCUUCUUGUGGUGAAUGUUGUUUAAUUUCUUUUACUGGUAUUUGUACAUAACCAUGGUGUCCUAUGUAUGUUUAAAAAAUUUAAGAAACCUCCCAUGUGUGAGGAGACGAAGGUCCUUCGUGAACUGUAGAGCCACUAGUAAUAAUUAUAAAUAGUAUUCUAUUAUAUAACUUAUUUGAAAAUUAAAAAAAAUAACCACUUAAAUUGCCAGGCCACAGUAGGUGUUUAUUCUGAUUGAUAUUACAGUAUCAGACACUAAAUCCAGUUUCUAGAAAGUUUAUCUCAUUUUUAAUUCUAUCACCAUCGUCAUAUUCCCUGCCAUUAGCUUUACCUUUGAAUAUACUUGAAUGAAAUGUCAUUAUUUUUGUACAGUGAAACCUGCCUGAACUGGAGCUAGAAUACAGAAUGAAAAGUAAAUUAUUUCUAAUAAAUGGAAAGUGUGUUUUGCAGAAAUGAGAGAAGAAAAGAAGAGCAUUUCACAGACUACAGUCUCAUUAAAUAUUUGUUUCCUGAUUAUGUAAUUUUCUUCUGAAGUGUAAUGGCUAGAAUUUAUCUGAGAAAGAACAUUCUCGUCACAUUCAGUAUUUGGUUCUUGGUUCAUACAGUUAUUAAAAUUAUAUAAAGGGAGAAAAAGAAAACACCUCUUGGUCACAAUGUCUAUGCUCCAUGCAGUGGUAGCUCUCAGAUGUACAUGACAUCUCCAUAUUUUUGUUAUGUGCUGUACAUAUCUUAAUUAAACUAAGCUGGUGUACUUACAAAAACUGUAUUUUAAUUUAAUGAAGUAAAUGUUAAUAUUACUGUGGUGCUUUAUAAGCAGAUGUCUAAAACUCUUUAUCCAUCAUUGAAUGAGGAGCUCCUUAUUGAGCAGAAGAUGGGCAGUUACAGAACUCCUCUUGAGAUGAUAAUUUUUGGUGUAGUUUGAAAGUUACUUGUGGAAAAUUAUAUCUUUGAGGCAUUCUUAGUCAGGUGGAAAACUGUAUAGAUCCAUCUCUUAGCUUACAGAAUCAUGCUGGGUUAACAGGCAAUGCUGUGUAGUAAAUUGUGCUUCUUUUGUGUAUAGGAAUGUUAAUGUAUAUGGAUACAUUUUUAAAAUGAAUAGUAAAUUUCCAAAUGUAUUUAUCUAGAGUGUAUGUAGAUAACUAAAUUUAUUCAUAGUUAUCAGUUUUUCAUUAUAUUCCCUCAUUGUAUUCUUCAGAACAUUUACAUAGAUUAAUAUAAAAUAAAAUGUGUGAAAUAAUAA